CACAUAAAAAUAUACGAUAGCAAUUGAAAUGAUUAAAAGUAAUCAAGAAAUAAACUAGUCAACUACAACACACGGAAAAAUUCCAAAAUCAAGUGUGGCAGACAACUACUCAAAGCACAAAUUCGAACGCGGACAUCUACAAGCAUAAGAAUUAUUGGCAAAUCAGCUAUUGGAUAAUCGAUAAUGUUACGAAGAAGUGUUUUGUGUGCAGUUAAACAUAAGCAAUUUUGUCAUAGAUAUCGUGCCAUGUCCUCGCUUUUGUGUUCGAAAGCAUUAAUUAAUGGUAAUUGGGUGUCUGCCAUUAGCGGGGAUACCUUUGAGGUGAAAAAUCCGGCCAAUGGCAAAGUCAUUGGUAGCGUGCCCAACAUGAAUGAGAAAGAUGCACAAUUAGCAAUUACAGCUGCAAAAACUGCAUUCAAUUCUCAGGAGUGGACUUCAUUGACAGCAAAGCAGAGGUCCCAAUUAUUAAAGAAUUGGUAUCAUCUAAUUGAAAAGCACACUCAAGAAAUUGCUGAAAUUAUGACAGCUGAAUCUGGCAAACCUAUUGUUGAAUCCAAAGGAGAAGUUUUGUAUGGAAAUGCGUUUAUGGAAUGGUUUGCCGAAGAGGCCAGGCGUAUAUAUGGUGAAAUUGUUCCAACUCCAGUUCCCAAUCGGGAAUUAAUUGUGGUCAAACAACCUCUGGGUGUAGCAGCUCUAAUAACUCCAUGGAAUUUUCCGUUGGCUAUGAUUACCCGUAAAGCUGGAGCUGCUUUGGCUGCAGGCUGUACAGUUGUUAUAAAACCAGCUGAAGAUACUCCCUUUACUGCUUUGGCCGUCGCAAAAUUGGCUGAAGAAGCUGGUAUACCAAAGGGUGUUGUUAACGUUAUAACAUCAAACAAAGCUGCUCCUAUAGGAGAAUUAUUUUGCAAAAGUCCAGAUGUACAGGGCAUAUCGUUUACAGGAUCAACUGAAGUUGGUAAAUUACUUUACCGCCAAUCAGCCGAAGGCAUCAAGCGAGUUUCCUUGGAAUUGGGAGGAAAUGCCCCAUUCAUAGUCUUUGACUCAGCUAAUUUGGAAAAGGCUGUAGAUGGUGCUAUGGCUUCAAAAUUCCGCAAUUGUGGACAAACCUGCGUAUCAUCCAAUCGUUUCUUUGUACAAGAGGGAAUUUAUGAUAAAUUUGUAGCUGCUCUUAAAGAACGAGUUGAAGCUUUGAAAAUCGGUCCUGGUGAUAAAGACACAACUCAAGUUGGUCCUUUGGUGAAUGAAAUGCAAUUCAAAAAAGUUUCGGGAUUUGUGGAUGACGCACGUAGUAAAAAUGCUCAAAUUCUAUGUGGCGGCAAACCUUUGCAAGAAUUGGGUGAUCUCUUUUAUGCUCCGACAGUUGUCACUAAUAUACCAACCAAUGCUAAAAUUUACACUGAAGAGGUAUUUGGUCCGGUUGUUUCCAUCAUCAAAUUUAGCACAGAGGAAGAAGCUUUGAAAAAGGCUAAUGCCACGCAUCGUGGUUUAGCCGGCUAUUUUUAUAGUGACAAUGUUCAACAAAUAUUCCGCGUAGCCAGACGUCUUGAAGUUGGCAUGGUUGGUGUUAAUGAAGGUCUCAUUUCAGCUGCUGAAGCUCCAUUUGGUGGCAUUAAAGAGUCUGGCAUUGGACGUGAAGGCUCUCAUCACGGUAUAGAAGAAUACACUGAAGUAAAAUACAUUUGCAUGGGCAAUUUAAAAUACAAUUAAAAAUAAUAAACUCAAAAUACUCAACACACUCUUUCCGUAGUACGUAUCAGCUUUAAAUUUACGUUAACAAAGUCUUCCAGUCAUUAAAUGUUAGUUCUUUAUGUUUUAUUUUAUUUGCUUAAUAGUGUGAAAUAAAAUGCUAUAAUAAUUGUCAUAUAUGUUGUAA